AUGGAGGAAGGCGAUGAACAAGCAAAAGGAGGAAGGUGGAGAAGACUGUUACUUUUACUGAACGGGUCUCUCCAGUGGCCGAUAUGUUUCUAUGGUUCCUCAUCAGCGGACAAAAACGGAAUAAACAAUAAUAAUAUUAAUAAUUAAUAACAUAUUGAGCUCAGUCAGCAAUCUAUUAGAUGCAUGAAAAUCAUCCGAUGUUCGAUAAACAACAUAUUGGCAGCAAGCAUGUAGAUCACGCGCCGGUGGACUUUUCUUACGGAAACUCGGCGCAAUCUUGCUUUAGCCUGUCUAGGUUCAAUUAAUCACAUGUAGGUUCCCCGGGUGUUUUAUGAUGCUGUUUACAAUACGUCCAAUAUCGUCAUUUCUUUAUAUAAGCAACGUUAACAACGUUUAUGCCAGAUAUGAGAGAUAGCUGACUUUGUUAAAAAGGGGCAACAGAUCCCGGUUUAGAGAUUACAGUUUUAUUGGUGACGGGUGAGUAAUUUGUAAACUAACCAUGAAUUCGAAGUUAAAAGCAUCUCGGAUUAGGUCUGUUAAAAAAAUUAAUUGCUCUUGAAUCUAGUUACGAACGCACGUUUGAAUGGGUAUCAGCUAACUAUGCCACAAAAUUUUAUGCUUGACUCUGACACAAUUCUAUGGCCAUAGGAAAUUAACAGUGUAGUUUUCUCUUUUUUUAACAGCCUUACAAAAUGACCAGUAUUUAUGAGAACACAGUUUGCGAUGUAACGACUCAAAAUUGCAGACAUCCUUUUGUUGGAAUUCCCGGAGGAAGAAUCAACGCCCUGUUCAGGACCAAAACGCAGCCAUUUUCAAACACUGACUGGGAAGACCUACUAAAGAGAAAAUGGAACAAGCGCUCCCGGCGUCCUUUGUCUCAAGUAGAGUGGAAAGAAAAACAGGGCAAACUCAGCAUGAAUGCAACACAGGACUGUUGUGAGUUUCUUAUGGGUCGUCGGUGCGGGAGAAGACGAAGGCUACUCUUUCGCAGCGGAUAUUAUCUGACAAUUCAACCCGAUGGAAGUGUCGGCGGAACAAAGCAGAAGGAUUCCCCUUACGGUAAGUUCGCCGGCUUACAUUUUAUUAUUUUUUACUCUUUACGACAAGAAUAGCUUUGAUGAACUUUUUCAAAAUUCAGACCCCCCUAUAAAAAAAAAACAAGCUUUCCUUUAACUCCGCAGCCUCGCAAUAUUAAAAAGAAGCUAUAAAGCCAUAUUUGAUUAGCCUAACGGUGACAAUUACUGUACUGGGGAAAUGAUUCGACAAUGCUGAUCAUUUACUAGCAUGUACACCGGUACUGAGUUUUGAUCAGUAAGCAAUGAUCAAUAAACAAUUUUUGAACUAAAAACGUGAUUUUUAAAAUAAGCAAAUACAAGAAGUAAGGAGAAUUCCAUUAAUCAGUGUGGGAACUUAAUCCUCACCACGCGAUUUUCAGGUGCACUGUGCAAAGAAGUACUUUGGCCAAUAAAAAACGCAAACGCACGAAUGAGCCAAUCAAAAACCGCGUUCAGAGCAAACGUUAUGUAACAUUAGCCAAACAGGGAAGACACGACUGGACUGGACUUGUUCCAGAAGAUGUUACUCUGCCUUGGGUACCAGACGCUUUUUUCUCGCGUGCGGCACGACGCUUCAGUGUCUGCAACCGCGCAUGAAAAGUCUGUGGCAGCCGGGUUUUUUUCCGCGAGGUUUCAACGGCAAGUCAACUGUUGAAUAAUUUCACAUCAAUAGAGAUUUAGUGUUUUUUCUCUAAUUAAAAGUCCAUGAUCUCCUUUUAUCCCUUACAGCAAUUGUAGAAAUUUGUUCCGUGGGUGCCGGCCUAGUUAAAAUCGCAGGAGUAGAAACCGAGUUUUUCCUCACGAUCGAUGAUUCUGGAACUCUUCGAGCAACGGUGAGUGUUUAUAAAAGGUUGUUUGUUGGCUUGAAUUAUUUGCAGGCGCAGGUACCCAGUAGUGCUGCCCCUGGGUCUCCGAGGAAAAAUAGAAUAAAUUCUCAAAAAUUCCAAAUCUAAUUUUGUGGAAUGCAAAGUAAUGACCAGCACCAUACAAACGUUCUGCUAAAAAGUUUUCAUUUCAAUGGCUAAAAUUCCAAAGCUUAUCUCCACUCCUAAACCGAGGAAGAAUUAAAGUUUAACCAAGUUCUAACUUCUUUAUCAAACUGUUUUAAACCGUCUAAAAUUUUAAGAAUUUUUCUCUUUUCCCUAUAGGAUGCAGACAGCGAGGAAUGUGUUUUUCAAGAAGUGAUGGUUAGAGACUUUUACAGCGCCUACAAGUCAUAUGCUUAUUCUAACGAGCACUGGACAGUUGCUGUAAACGAUGAAGACGGAAAAGCGUACACUGCUUCUUAUCAAGGACCCCUUGAUUCAGAACUUCAGGCGCAUUUACUACCGGAAGUGGUGCCUGAGAGUGACAUGUCAUCCGAUGAAGAAUCGGUUUCAGAAUCGCCAAUCCAUUCAGAAACAGCUUCAUUACACUCUGUAGGAAGGUACAGACCUCGAUUUCUCGAAACACAGACAUCGCGCCUUAUCGAUUUCCUCAAUUUUGACCUUCAAGUUUGCCUGUUGGCUGAGCUGAAAGACGAAGGCACAAGAAAUGUUGUUGCUUUCCCUGACAGCAAUACUGAUAUUGGACCUUCUUUGUCUGAGAUUCUCCGUGAGCUGGGGACCAAUUUAUAGAGGGGAAGUAUGAACAGAGUACAAAAAGGGCACUACUAGGUCUUAAUUGGGAGUGGUACGAAAGUCAUCAUUCUUUCCUGCUGUUUAGUUUAGUUUUUAAAAGUAUUACUGUAAAUUACGAACAACGUAAAGCCUAAAGGGCUUAAAGAAAGAUUUGGGAAUAAAUCGUGAUGUACACGGCAUUAGUAACAACAACAACCAUGCAUGAGCGACCGAUACUAUAGUAGCCAUUUUUCUCGCCUAAGCGUAAACUUCGUUGCUUUUUAGGUGUCUUUGUUGUAAUGCAUUAGCAGAUUAAACCAAUUAUUCAACCUAAUUUGGGUUUAGAAUUUCCUCUGUUAUCUGACCCUAAGAGACUAAGGAAAUACUGGUUUCACCUGAGAACAGAUUUUACCUACCUCCGUACAACAUCUUAACCUGUUAAAGCCGUGCUCUGGAAAGUCAAAUCUGCUUUCCUUCGGGAAAUAUAACAAUAAGUAAGAAGUAAAGAAUUAAUAGAUAAUUGCUGUAGGGUAGAGUUAUUUAUGAAAAAUUUCCAGUUAUGAAAAAUCAUCGCCUUAAACUUAAGUCUAAGCACCUUAAAUUUAUUUUAAGAUAUAAACAUUAUGUUUAAUUAUCUAUGAAUACCUUAUUCUCUCAUGGAAUUCCUUAAAGCCAAGCGAAUUCUAUGGUAAUUGUGUGUAUAUUUAAUUUUAAAGCUAGUAGCACAGUAACACUGCAAGUAGAUAAAAUUGCUUUCCUCUUGCAAUACAUGGUUCGUCAUAUUGAACGGAUUUUUAGAGUUGUAAAUGCUGACAGUAUAUAGUAUUUAUAAAGUUAGCUAUUUUGAGUGUCAUUGAAAAUUUUAUGACAAAAUGUUAAGGGUGUAAGUUUUGAAUUUCAGAUUAAAUAAAUAUGUUG